UUCUAGGUCAAAUGAUUAGUUCUGUGACAAGACAGCAUGACACUUUGAAGUAUGACAGAAGCCCUGAUGCUGCAGCAGAGGCUGGGAAUAUUAAUGGCCAGAUCUAGAGAUCACAUGGUCUUCUAAAGAAGUCAUGGGUAGCUGUUGUAGCUGUCCAGAUAAAGAAACUGUCCCAGAUAACCAUCGAAACAAGUUUAAGGUUAUUAAUGUGGAUGAUGAUGGUAAUGAACUGGGUUCUGGCAUAAUGGAACUUACAGAUACAGAACUAAUUUUGUACACCCGUAAAAGGGAUUCUGUAAAAUGGCACUACCUCUGUCUCCGUCGCUAUGGCUAUGAUUCAAAUCUUUUCUCUUUUGAAAGUGGCCGAAGGUGUCAAACUGGACAAGGAAUCUUUGCCUUUAAAUGUGCCCGUGCAGAAGAGCUAUUUAAUAUGUUGCAAGAGAUAAUGCAGAAUAAUAGCAUAAAUGUGGUAGAAGAACCCGUCAUAGAAAGGAAUAACCAUCAAACUGAGUUAGAAGCUCCAAGAACCCCUCGAACGCCUACCACUCCAGGGUUCAAUGCACAAAGUUUACCCAACGGCUAUCCCAGAUACCCGUCUUUUGGAGAUGCUUCAUCACAUCCUUCUAGCAGACAUCCUUCUGUCGGAAGUGCACGCCUCCCCUCUGUUGGUGAAGAAUCAACACAUCCUCUACUUGUAGCAGAGGAGCAAGUGCACACUUACGUCAACACUACUGGGGUACAAGAAGAAAGAAAGAAUCGAUCGAGUGUGCAUGCGCCACUGGAAUCGAAGCUUUCAAACCCUGAAACAGCUAAAGUGAAAGAAGAUCAGAUGUGUACUGAUGACAGAGAUGCGCAGGUUCUCCUGGAGCCUGAAGGAGUCAAGUUUGUUUUAGGACCAACACCUGUUCAAAGGCAGUUAAUGGAAAGAGAGAAACUGGAGCAACUUGGGAGAGACCAAGUUAGCGGCAGCAGCACAAACAACACUGAAUGGGACACUGGGUACGACAGUGAUGAACGUAGAGAAACGCCAUCUGGUAAUAAAUUGGUGUAUGAAAAUAUAAAUAGGUUAUCAAUCCCUAGUGCCUCAGGGGUCAGGAGAGGUCGUUUGACAUCAACCGGUACCUCAGACACCCAGAACAUUAACAACUCUGCUCAGAGGAGAACUGCGCUGUUGAACUAUGAGAACUUGCCAUCCUUGCCUCCUGUCUGGGAAGCCCGCAAGCUGAGUAGAGACGAAGAUGACAGUUUAGGACCAAAGACCCCAUCUCUGAAUGGCUACCACAAUAACCUAGAUCCGAUGCAUAAUUAUGUCAAUACAGAGAAUGUAACAGUACCAGCAAGUGCUCAUAAAGUAGAAUUUACACGACGUCGGGACUGUACCCCAACAGUCUUUAACUUUGACAUAAGGCGUCCGAGUUUAGAACACAGGCAGCUCAACUACAUACAGGUUGACUUGGAAGCUGGUAGUGACUCCGACAACCCUCAGACUCCAAAAACCCCCACCACUCCACUUCCGCAAACUCCAACCCGGCGCACAGAGCUGUAUGCUGUGAUAGACAUUGAAAGAACUGCUGCUAUGUCGAGCUUGCAAAAAGCACUGCCCCGAGAUGACGGUACUUCUAGGAAAACUAGACAUAACAGUACUGACCUGCCUAUGUGAGCCUGGGAAGCGUUAAAUCAUUUGCACCUUUUGUGAAGUUUAUAAAAUUGAAGAUGCAAGUACCUUGCAUUUCUGAACACUAACACCUUUUAUAGACUAAUAGAACUUUUUCUGCAUACUUCAUGUACUUGUCUAACUAAAGGGAAUUAACGUAGAGCAAGUAUUCAUUUAGGUAACACUAUUCUACAGUAGUAGUAAUUACUGCAUAGCAGCAUCACCACCUUUUCACAGUGCCUCUUUAAAUUGAUUAGAGUCUGAGUGACAUGCCAGGUUUGAAUUUAUAAAUAUUCUGUUCUGGUGCCUAUACUCAUUAAUGGCAUUUAUAGUAUUUUUUAAAGCCUCUUGAUAUGUGCAUUAUUAGCAGGUAAACCUAAUCUUUCAAGAUACAUAUCUUAUGUUCAUUCCUCAUUGACGUGGUUCCUCCAGAAUGAAAUGUAUGUAAUGCAUUAAUUCACUCAGUCUGACAUACACAAGAUAUCUUGG